AUGGAAGCAGAGCGUGCGCGCCAUACCGUGGACAUGCUGCCGCCGAAGACCUGCCUGCCCAGGAACUACAGCUGCAUCGCCGGGCUCUUCGGGAGCCUGGCCGCGGCGAACCCUCGUCUCGACGAUGGGGACGAUUUUGACAUCAUGAACGGCACCUGCGAGCCUGCCGAGAGCCCCGUAGUGGACGAGAGGCCGCGGGGCCGGGAGACCUUCCUUAAGCCCCCGCAGAGUCCCAGCCUGCGCCGGAGGUGCAAGUCUCUUCCCACUCCCACCGAGAGGGCCAAGUUGGAAGUCUCCCGCAGCAGAAGUCCAACAAGUCAGAAAAAGGUGCGCUUCGCGGACUCUUUGGGUCUUGAGCUCAUCUCCGUGAAGCACUUCGACGACUCUGACGAGCCGGAGGUGCCGGAGCGCAUUUUGGCCAAGUUACCCAAAUCCACGGACUUUAACAACCACAUGGCUACUACAAAAUUCCCCCGACCGCUCGCGCAGUCUGUGUUCAUGGAGUUGCAGUUCACCUGCCCGGGCACCCUGCCCGGUUUCGAGCAGAAAGUGCGGGAGGUGAAAGUGAUGCUGGAGAGCGUGGAGACGGACGACUUCACCCUGUCGGGGUUUGUGCGCGUCUUGAACCUCGCCUUCGAGAAGAGCGUCUCUUUGCGCUACUCGCUCAACAACUGGAUCACCUUUAUGGACAGUUUGGCAUCCUAUGUGCCCCACUCGAGCGACGGUGGCACCGAUCGGUUCUCCUUCAAGGUGGUCAUUCCUACCUACAUGGAGAACGGGGGCACGCUGCAGUUCGCCAUAAAAUACACGGUCGACGGCGAGGAUUUUUGGGAUAAUAACAACGGGAAUAACUACAAAGUGCGGCGUCACCGGUUUAAGAUGUCUCCACCGAAGGAAUGGGAAAACGGAUGGAUCCACUUUAUAUAAGCUCACUUCCAACGCGUGCGUAAUUUGUGCGUACAUUGAACCCCCGGGUGUCGUUUAAAAUCACUAACCGUGUUCAUGCGUGGGGGAAAAUGCCAUGAAAUGUAGCGUGAGCGUUUGUGGUGCCCGCUGAGGGUGAUUUGCCUUGACGUCAGGGCUCUGUACAGCUCGGUGCCCUUUGGGAGGGCACGUCCACAUUAUGUAACAUGCAAACACGUGACGGAGGGAAACGUGCCGGGCGAUUCCGACUUCGGGCAUCAUUGCUUUUUUUGCAGGAGAUGCCGCAACAUUAAUUGUUAUGGUGAGGUGCCGGUUUGUUCCUGUAAUUUGUUUUUUGCACCGCAACAAUAAUAUGGCUUAUUAAUAGGCAGGAAACUCACAAUGUGAUGGCACUGCCUUGAAAGUGUAGCUUGAAUGGGCCAGUGUGAUAAGAGGUUGUCUACCACUAUCUUCCAAAGUUAUUAGAAUAUAUUGUAGCUCAUUCAUCUAUUAUGUGUUACCAUUAAUGCCUUUAUAACGCAUGGAAGCAGAGCAGUUUAAAUUCUGCUAAGUAAAUAUAUUUCCGGUGAAUACAUUGUUGCAGUACGACUCCAACGGAUGGGUCCCCAAUAUCUUAAUAUAGAUCAUUAUAUAGACUAGAUUGUAUCUAAAACACUGAGAUGUUAUUUUUUAUUAACUCAUUCCCUUUUGAAAUGAUUGCAAGAGUAGAGCAUAAAAUUCCUAUCUUUUGAACGUUAUUGAAAUGAUUGCUAUUUUUCGAAACAAAUAUUUUCCGUUUCAAAGCUAUUUUUCACUGGUGAUGUCCUUUGCAAUGUUGUCUGUAGAAGUAAGCAAGUAUGAAAAUCAGUGUUUAGAACCGGUAUGUCUACUGUCGCUAUUUAAGUGCUUUCCAUAUUGUCUGCACCGCUAACAUUUUUAUCAGGGUGUCCCAAACUUUUCAAUUCUCAUUACAAAUAUGGCUCCCCUUUCAUCCAAGCUGACUCAAACAUAUCAGCCUUAGCAAAACAGUGACAUGAUGCACAAACCCGUGACAAAAAAACAUUUUUAUUACUACUACAGAUGACUUCCAAUUCUCCAAGAAAUAGUCCUACUUCUUGAUCAAUAUAAUUUCCUUUAUGCAUUUUAACUCUUGAGUGACCCAAAACAUUUUGAAGAAGUUUGGCAAACCCUGCCUUUUAUAAAUGAGUUUUCUAUUCACUUGUUAGUUGUCUUCCAAAUGAAACUUCUUGUCAAUAAUUGACUUUGCUCUCACACUGUAUUGGUUUUGGUGUUGCUCACAUUUGGUGUGUUUUUGUUUUUUUUGUGUGUUGAUGCGAGUACUAAUCUGAACACCUCUCUGGCUGCAAUCUGAACAUCGCUUUGUUUACAUUACAGCAGUCUCAGAAGGGAGCUCUCGAUUUAAUGAUGCAAUCCGGCUGAUGUCUACACAGACAAAAAGUUUUCCAGUAAGCACUUAGCUUUUGAAGUACUUCCCCUGUAAAGCGCCCACUCAAUCUCAGAAUCAAAAUGUUUGAUGGUUCAAUGUAGGCCUGCUAAAAUAAGAGCUCGGCUGUCUGAGUUGACAUUUGUCUAUGCAUAGCGUUAAUUUGCUCUGAGCUCUGUCUCUCAUUCAAAUGUGAUGCACAUGUCGGGUGAUGGUGUUAGUUUUUAGAGACUGCUUAAGUAUCCGUAAAAGAAAAUAUCAAGAGUUAAGAACGGAGGCAUCAGUAUAGCAACACAAGCGGUAACAUAGUCUAAAUAAAUUCAACUUUAUGCAGUUGUUAGCGGUACUGGGACAAUUUUUACUACAAGGCACCAUCCAUAUUUGCCAGCUGUUCUUAUUGUUGAAUCCCUGAUGAAGGGCUGUUGUCAGAUUCUGAUUUUCAUUUAACUCUUUAUGUAAUGCUUCUCAUCAGUUCACUGAUCUAUGUAACAAUGUACUGUAUUGUAAGUGUCAAUGUCUCAUAUUGAAUGUCUUCAUUGUAAUGUGUGUCUUAAAAGUAGGUUGCAGAGAUGCAACCGGUCCAGUUUUUGUCCCGUGAUGUUGAAAUAUAAAAAAAAAAAAAUUUGAAAACACAUAAUCAGAUCUUAAAAUAUUAAAAAGCAAAACAUGUAUUAGGAUAAAUGUAAAAUUUACAACGUCACAGAACUGAGAUCGUUUGCACUGUUUCAAGUGUGUGCACACCGCCUUAGUUUCAAAAGUUUACCAGGUGGAAGCUCGUAAGUGCUUAUUUGUGAAGAAAAUGUGAUUGGCAAUGGUUGGAAACAUGUUCGUUGACAAUCGUCAAAAGCACGUCGGUAUAUUGAAAUGAGUGUGAGCGACUUGUGAUUGUAGCUGCUACUGGGUGAGUUGACUCGGUGCCACUUUAUUGCACUUUGACAGAGGAAAGGGAACGAGAGGGUUGACAGGAUGUACAUGUGGAAAUGGUUUUUGUUGCGGAAAUAACUUCAGAAUUCACUGCUGUGUUCUCUCACUGAGUAAUGCCUAGAGUCUUUUUGGAGUCAAAUAUGGAAAACUAUGCCAGAGAUUAUUUAAGCAUUUUAAUGUCAUCUGCAAUGUCUUUAACCUGUACUGUCCCCUCUGAAUGUUAGAUCCUCUUUGUCUGCAUGCACAACUAAAAACCUUUAUUUUUCUGUUGAUUUAAUCAUAGGACCACUAUUUUAUUAAAUAAAUGCUCAAUAAAAUUGUUGAAACAAA